AUGCUACAGGCAAAAUUUCUGUCCCAGGAUCAAAUUAAUGAGUUCAAGGAAUGUUUUUCCCUGUACGACAAGAAACAAAAAGGCAAGAUAAAAGCCUCCGACCUGAUGGCAGUGAUGCGGUGCCUGGGAGCCAGCCCGACGCCAGGAGAGGUGCAGAGACACCUCCACUUGCACAAGAUCGACAGAAACGCGGAGUUGGAUUUCUCCACUUUCCUGAAUAUCAUGUACAGGCAAAUGAAGCAAGAGGAACCCGAGAGGGAAAUCCUCACGGCCUUGUCCAUGAUAGACAGGCAGAAGAGAGGCGUUAUCUCCGUGUCGGAGCUGAGAGCCAAACUUACCAGGCUAGGAGAAAAGCUUUCCGAGGAGGAAG